AUGAUUUGGGCCUUUGAGGCGCGUGGCUGUGUAACAUGAAGAAGAAGAAGAAGAAUGUCUUGAUGCGCUGGGCUUUGACAGUUUCUCUCUCUCUCUCACUCUCUCUCUCUUCACAGAAAGCUGCAGUGCCGGGGACACUCCCCCUUCGCAACAUAAAUAUGCGCCGCGACAACAUUAAAUACACAUACAUAUUUUUCUCCUAGUUUUUUUUUAUUUAACGUGUAAUUUAAUAACUACGUAAAUUUUUUACUAUGCUGGUUCCCUUACUCCAUCUUCCAAAACACACUAACGCUUCUGCCAUACCUGUUUGCCCUAGAUCCAUGGCUUCCUUCUCCAUUCUCUACCUCUUUUGCUGAGUUUCAAUGAUACCCCUUUUCACUCUUCUCCUUUGGAUGCUGCCAAAACCUUCAGGAGCUCUGUAUCAAGGUCAUAUUCCUUAAAAAUCCACUUUCCCAAGGUUCUUAGGAUCUGGCUGUUGUUGUAAAUUUUCAAGCUUUGAUAUCUCUUGGAUUAUAAAUUAGUGGGAUUUCACUGGGAACAUUGUUGCUGCACUAGUAACACGCAUUUUCAAGUUAUCAUUGUUUUUGCUUUAACUGGGUAGAGUAAAGUAAUGAAUUUUUAGAUUUAUCAGGCUUGAUUUGUUGAAUGUUUAGACUGUACAUCUUAUUGGGUUUUUAAGGAUGGAUUGUGUUUCUUGUUUACUGAUUUGUGACAACAUUUGGGUUGAGAUGAAGACCGGGUUGCUAUUGUAGCUUGUAUUAUAUGUUUAUUUGUGCGUUAUUUGAGAAGAGUUUUGGCUUAGUUUGGUGGUUAUGGGUACUGAAGAAGAGGAUAAUAGGAUAGGAUACUGGAAAUGCAAUUGAAGGGGUGAACAUUGAGAUUGAAGCUUGGUUUUGUGAGAGGGAAGGUUGCUGUACAUAAUGGGUUGCAUGUGUUGCAAGCCUUCUGCCAUUGAGGACAGUAAGGAGAGUCCAAGGGAGCGUUUAUCAAGUAAGGUCGCGUCGGAUUUGUGUAUAUCUAGGGGAACUUCAUCAAGGAGGGAGGAAGUGUAUCGAGUAAAGGAUAGAUAUGAUAACAACGAUGGAAGAACUGCGUUGAUUGAUAAGCAAGGGAAUGGUUCUGUCAGAGUGCAAGGUGAUGGUUUUGAAAGGAAGAGGGAGAAAACGGAAUAUGCUGUUGCUCAACAUCCUGGGAUUGGUAGUAUUCCCAAAGCCAUGGAAGGGGAGCAGGUUGCAGCUGGAUGGCCCUCAUGGCUGGCAUCGGUGGCUGGAGAGGCUAUCAAGGGAUGGCUGCCACGGCGUGCUGAUUCUUUUGAGAAGUUGGAUAAAAUUGGACAGGGAACUUAUAGCAAUGUUUAUAGAGCUCGUGAUCUUGAACAAAGAAAGAUUGUUGCUUUGAAAAAAGUGAGGUUUGAUAAUCUUGAACCUGAGAGUGUUCGUUUCAUGGCGAGGGAGAUUCACAUUCUGCGUAGGCUCGAUCAUCCAAAUGUCAUAAAACUGGAAGGCUUGGUUACAUCAAGGAUGUCUUGCAGCUUAUACCUUGUUUUUGAGUAUAUGGAGCAUGACUUGGCUGGGCUUGCAUCGCAUCCUGGACUAAAGUUUACUGAAGCACAGGUUAAAUGUUACAUGCAGCAACUUUUACGCGGACUUGAUCACUGCCACAGCUGUGGUGUAUUGCACCGUGACAUUAAGGGUUCCAAUCUUUUGAUUGACAACAACGGAAUAUUGAAAAUUGCUGACUUUGGUUUGGCAAGCUUUUAUGAUCCCAAUCAAACUCAGCCACUGACAAGCCGAGUUGUCACUCUUUGGUAUAGGCCACCAGAGCUUUUACUUGGAGCCACUUAUUAUGGCACUGCUGUAGAUUUAUGGAGCACAGGUUGCAUACUUGCUGAGCUAUAUGCUGGCAAGCCUAUAAUGCCUGGAAGAACUGAGGUGGAGCAAUUACAUAAAAUUUUUAAACUUUGUGGUUCACCUUCUGAGGACUAUUGGAGAAAAUCAAAGUUGCCUCAUGCAACAAUAUUUAAGCCUCAACAGCCCUAUAGGCGUUGCGUUGGUGAAACUUUCAAGGAUUUUCCUGCACCGGCAAUAGAAUUGAUAGAGACUCUUUUAUCUAUAGAUCCUGCUGAUCGUGGAACUUCAGCAUCUGCUUUGAAUAGUGAGUUCUUCUCGACAAAGCCUCUACCUUGUGAUCCCUCAAGCUUACCAAAAUAUCCUCCUAGCAAAGAAUUUGAUGCCAAAGUGCGGGAUGAAGAAGCUAGAAGACAAGGAGCAGCAGGAAGCAAGGGCCAGAGACAUGAUCUUGAGAGAAGAGGUGCAAGAGAAUCACGAGCCAUUCCUGCACCCGAUGCCAAUGCUGAAUUGGUCUUGUCAAUGCAGAAGAGACAAGCACAGACUAAUUCUCAAAGCAGGAGUGAGAAGUUUAACCCACAUCCUGAAGAAGUUGCUUCUGGAUUUCCCAUUGAUCCCCCUAGACCAUCUCAAGCGGCAGAAGUAAGUUUGGAUCCGCAGGUACAUCAACACAAAAGAGCCUCCCAUUCAGGUCCACUGACUCACCGCGCUGCAUGGGCUAAAGCUGGGAAGAACCAGGACGACGCUCCAAAGAUUUCAAUGGGGGGUGACUUAUCAACAAUCUCAGGCUUAGUUGCAGCAAGGAGGAGUAUGUUGUCUGAUGAUCGCAGAGAAAGGUCUGGAUCAUCACAAGGGGAGGCUCCAAAACUUAUAAGCAGAUUCCCAGGAUCCUUCAAGGAAGCCUCUGAAUCAAUGAUGCAACAGGAUCAGAAGCAUCAUGUACAUGCUCCUCAAAAGGAAGAAGGGAGAAGUAGCAACAGAGACUCAAAUCUUGUUGGUUAUGGGUCCAAGGGUCAUAAAAUUCAUUAUUCUGGUCCUUUGCUAGUUCCGUCAAGCAACAUGGAUCAGAUGUUGAAGGACCAUGACCGCCAAAUUCAAGAGGCAGUUAGAAGAGCGCGUUUGGACAAGGCAAAAAUGAGAAGACUCCAAGCUGAGGGGAACCAGAUAACCAAUUCAUUAUUUGUUUCUGGUCGUUGAGUUGUAGAACCUGAAGUAGCGAAGCAUCUUUAAGAAUAUUUGAUUCUUUUUUUGCACCUUUUUCCUUCCUUUUCUAUUUUGCCUGUACAGGGAGUUAGUAUCCCUCCGAAAAUGCCCCCCAUGGCCAUGUUAGGUAUCUCUAUAGCUCAGAAAUAUUCCCCUCCACUUCAUCACAUUACAUGUUUUUUCCUUCCACUCAGAUGCAAUUUCUAUUAUAUGGGGCCAUUCUUGUAAAGCUUAUCAGCCUUAAGCUGUAGUGCAAUACUGGGGGACCAUUUCUUCCUUGUGUUUAACUUAUGAUAGAGUAAUUAUCACUGGGAAGAUAGCUAUGUAUCUAUGUAUAUAUUUGCUUUCUCUUUUUGUCACCUGACUCAUCUUUCUAGAAUGAAUCAUUACGUGUGUAUUUGGAGAAAUGUGUGAACAUGGAAGAUCCAUGACAAAAGUUAUAAUUAGUAGUGUUGGAGUGAAUGUAAAUCCUAACACACUGCUUCAUUUUGGUACAUGGUUACAUUUAACCAUUUGGGAUGUGGUAUUGAAUUAACAUAAAAUUUCAAAGCUUUCGGG